CUUAAACGUUCCCCCCGGAAUGGUUAUUUCGUAGUACAUGCUAAAAGCUGUUAGUGGGAGGUAAAGUAGUAUUCAACCUAUGUAUUCAACAUGGCAGAGACCCACAGCUUGCAGGACAUGAGGCAACAGCCAGCCGUUGCUGCCAAAGUCUUCAUUCAGAGAGAUUAUACCAAAGGCACUGUGUGCCAGUUCCAAACCAAGUUCCCCUCUGAGCUGGAGACCCGGAUUGACAAGCAGCAGUUUGAGGAGACGGUGCAGACACUGAAUAACCUGUACGCUGAAGCGGAGAAACUGGGAAGCCAGUCAUAUAUUGAAGGCUGUCUGGCCUGCCUCACAGCGUACACCAUCUUCCUGUGUAUGGAGACUCACUAUGAGAAGGUUUUGAAGAACAUUGCAAAGUACAUUCAGGAGCAGAAUGAUAAGAUCUACGCACCACGAGGCCUCCUGCUCACCGAUCCCAUCGAGAGAGGCCUGCGAGUCAUCGAAGUUACCAUCUUUGAAGACAGAAGCUAGAUAAAAGCUGCCACGCAGCUGUUUGGCUGAGCAGAGGUACAAGUCUGCAGCAGCCCAGCACCAGUGGUCAGCUCCCUGAGGACCCCUGGACCUGCACCUUUUAAUACUGCGUCUCUACAAUCUAUCUCUUUCUGCUAAUCAUGUGCAUGUUCAGAGUAUCUUUUCCCAAUGCAUUAAUUAUUAAGGGCUUGUUACUAUAUAUCCUUGUAUUUGGUUGGAGAAAACAAACUCACUUACACACUGUAUUGGCAUUCUUUAAACCAUGAGUUUAUUAGAACCAUAUAACCAUGAUUAUCCUUUAUCUUGGACUAAAAACAACUUUAUGAACUUUUGUAUAUUUGGUUUUUGGACCCUCCUUUUUGAAUAAUAAACAGACAGGGUAUUUUUUUUAUGAAGGACUAUGGAACUCAUCCACACACAUGCUUUAAUUGAUUGUCUUGGCUGAACUGAGGCUUUCAUGUAAUCAAGAAACUGAACUCUGGUUAUUAGUGUGAUUUGUUGCACAUCCAGCACCCCACAGUUUGUUGGCUUUAUUCUUAUUCAUGUAUUCUUGCAAGGAUGGUUGGUAGUUUAUCAUCUUCCCUGCAUGUUUACUUUGUAGCAUUUUACCUUAUAGUUAACUGACAACACUGAACUUUGUCAGGAUCCAAACAUUCCAGUCAAAUGUCACAGAUUCUGACCUUAAUGUAUAUCUUUGCUUUAAAAAAAAAAAAAAGCAUGUUUUUAGCAUGUGAUAUUGUCAAUUUUUUUCUUUUUUAUAAACUGUGCUAUGCAUAGUGUUUGGUGACUACUGUUGAGCUUUGGCUCAUGUCUAAUAAGCAUAUAUUCAUAUAUUGUGAGAUUGCCUUUGACCGAAGUAUUAAAAGUGCUCUUGUUAGUUGACAGUGCCUGUAAUGGUUUUGAAUGGUGGCCUUUGUUAAAGUCUAAGGUGCUGCUUACACCAGGACUUAAAACAGAGAUUUCAAUUAAUUCCAAUGACUACAAGUGAAUUUGCUCAUGGGGGCUAAAGUAACUCCAUUAAAAUGUUUCGCGUCAAGUUUAACAUUUGUAAAUUUGACCUUCAAAUUUGCAUUUUUGACCAACAGCCAGCUUCCUUGACCGUACAAAUUCUCCUGUUGGCAACAGUGCUAAGCUAACAAGCUUGUUAGCUCUAAGAGCUUUUUUUUCCUCUUUAAUAACAUUUUUUAUUGAUUUGAAAUGGUGUAAACUAGUGAUCAAAACACCGGGCGGGGUAUAAACAGAACAGUAGAGCUGGCUGGGCUAGCACCAGAGUUAGCAGUUAGCUUGCCAGCUACAGCAUUUCCCCAGCUAGCCCUGUGAGUACAGUCACCAAGCUUCUAGAAACAAAUACUUUGUAAAGACGGAACAGAAACAUUUUACCGCACCAGUUACUGGUGUGACCAGACCUUAACUGUGAACUCAUGUCAGUCAGAUCUUGGCUUUGUCCACCUAUUGCUAACAAGCAUCUAAAACCUAAGCUUAUCAUGUGUAUGUAACCCUAACAAAGGUUGAAUAUACUGUAGUAUGUAUGACUGGUAAUGUUAAAUUAUGAAAUAACUACAUGUACAAGUAUAUAUUUCUGAAUGCCAUAGCUUUAGAUCAAUUAUCUUGAUUUCUAAGUAUGUAAAUAUUUCAUGAAUGAUUUUUGAUUUAGCUCAUACUUUAUUUAUCUGGAGUUUUCUAUUUUAUUUUAUUUUUCUGUUGAUAUCCAAUGUUUUAUUAAUCUAAACUUGUAUGCUAACAAAUAAAAUGUGUACAUAUUUUACACCA